CAGGUAUAACACAAGCACAAGGAUUGUUACCACACGUGGUUAUGUUUGGCCAGUGAAAACACUAGAUCUAGAUUACUUUCGAUUAGGUUCGGACGAUUUUGCCUGUGCUUGUGUUUGCGUCAAAUUUCGUUUUCACUUGGGUCAUCCCUAUUGCUUGCGCUUGUGCUUGCGUCGCUAGUGAAAACCAGGCUUUGGUUUGAGGCAAGAAGAUCUGGUGUGAACACAAAACAAAGUAGACAACAAAACGUGCGUAUAUGUGAUUUGUGGACUGACCAGAGCAGCAGUACUAAGGCUGUGUUGAGAAAAAAGGCAGGGACACCCACUUUCCCCCCUCCGACCCAGUAUGUGAUCCCCAAGGGGUUUCUUUAUGGCUAGGAAUUAUGUCGUUUUUGUCAGAUGGAGAAAUGUUCUGGUCGGCUUUCCACGGAAAUUGUCAUCUUCCCUGUCAACAUCAACACAUUUUCACUUCAACAACCCUUCUUAUGCCAAAAGUUUUGUAAUGAAAAUAACCGUUUGGUUGGUUCCUCCAGGGAAUGGCAGACUCAAUAGCAGAGUUCAGGAUUAAAAAGCAAUUAGGAGAUCUCUCCUAUGAAGGAACUAACUGCGAUGAGGGAAGCGGCGUUCAGGUUUUUAACUUUGAACCUCAACCGACCAAUCAGACGGUUGAUUUCCUUCAGGCAUCUAUUUGAUUUAUUUAGUUUCGUCUGAGAUGAUCGUUAUCAAUGGGAAUUUCUGCAGAAAUUUACUAACAGUGUGACGCUUUUUGUUUUGGGAAGUCACAAAUUAGACUUAACUUUGGUUCUUGGAUGUCCAUGUCUACGAUUAGAAUUUACGGCAGCCAUUUUGUCAGUCUUGACCAGUCUUCUUCUCAGUAGUCGCGUUUCCCAGGUUGAUCUUCUCGGCUGACACCUCAGAUGGGUAUACCUCUUGUGAGAAUCUUGCAUUUUGAAUUUUCAAGAAGUUCCGCCCGCCGCGGGGGUUGUACGAUUUUAAGGUAGGAGUGUCGUUGCUUAGCUAGGCCACAGUUUUCAUGCCGGUUAGAAGAGAUUGCGGCUUAUUUGAUAUGUAGCUUGCGUUCAGAUUUAAAAGUAAUUACCGGUUCCAUGUUAAGGAUGUUUAUAGAAUCGAAAAUUCUUGAUAAUCCGCGAGCUUUUUUCUGGUUAAAAAGCACGACACAUCACAUUUUUAAGGGGCACGAUUGACCAACAUAGGGACCGUGAUGAACUUUCGCCAAAAAGGGAAUAAUUUACGCUAUAUUCAGUUUUCGGCUUAUAUCCAGAUUAAAUUCAGCUGGUUGAGCUCGGUUAUUUAUUUUACGCAAAAUUAGCACGUGUUGAAUAUCGAAUACUGUAUUCUAAACGUUUCCUCGGCAGCAAUCCUGUUUGUCAUGCUAAGACAAGAAUGUCAUGAUCAGCCCACACUUUGAUUGUUAUUCAUAUACAACAAUAAUAUUUGCCGGCUUUCACGGUUAUAGUUAAUAAAAGUCGGCAUGUCUUAUCCUCGCCGUCAUCACUAGUAAAGCGCUAACCGGUGAUCGCCAACGGACUUUGUGAUCGCGCCGUUGAUUGUUUCUCAUGUCCAUAUUAUGACUUAUCAAACAAUCUUACUAAUUAGAAAAGUUUUCUUCUAACAGACACUGUAAUACAUGAUUCACAUGUAAAAUCAGGAAUAUCGUGGUUGGAGAUAUAUUAUAUAAUUCAUUCUUGACCUCAGAACAUAACAGGUUGGGUGAUUUACACCUUAAACAGAACCGACCAAUAUCAGUAAAUAGAACAAAGACCAAGGCUGGUGAGUUAAAAAUUUUGCGUUCAUUUUGGGCGAAUUUUAGAAAGAGAGAGACCUGUUGUCUGAACUAUGUUAUUUUUCAGUCUCUUAGUUCCACUUUCAUUAUAUAUCAUUGUCAAUUGCGUUUCAAGUUCCUUUCAUUAGAACUUGUUAAUCACAGAGCAGCUGAAUGUCGUGAACGAAAUCACUUGUAAACAAUUUUUUUGUUACCACAAUACUGAGUCUACGACCAGGCUUGAGCAACAGUUUUCAGUUUCGUCUCCAACGUUUUCUUGUUUUGUCCUACUGAGGAUCUUUGUACAGCCGACUGUUCCUGACCGAUGACAAUAUUUGGUCUCACGUUAGCUCACGAUCUCUCCCGACAAAGUGUUUUUUGAACGAAGUCGAAAACGCGGCUAUUGCCAUUUAUUUUGACCUGCAUGGACUGGUGGUCUGGUGAACUUGAUCUUAGCACUGGCGAUGUUGAACCGGGCGCUAGUAAAGCUACCACCCAAUAUCUAUUCAGUUUGUUUGUGUUUUUGUCAUUAUCAUGAACGCUAACUACUUUGAGUUUAAUUUCCUAAUGUUAAAACUGCUCAUUUGUUUCGCUCGUUCACGAAAGAAUGCCUGUGUUUAAGUACUACAUUUUAGAUUUAGCUAGAUUUGAUUCGGCUUUUCUGUUGGAACAAGAGAGGAUGGCUGGUAAGAGAGGCCUUAUUCCCAAGGUGAUCCCUCAGAAGUCCCAGAAGCUAAUCCCAGGAGCCAAUCCUUUUGGCUUUUGGCCUCACGUGGAGGAGCCGAGCGGCUUAAAACGUAUUUUCAACGCGCGUUGUAGCAUUAGCCGCGGGAGGACUGGAUACCAUAUCUUAAAAUAACUCGAGAAGGAUUACCUUUAGGAAAUAAGGGAUGUAUGGGGGAUUAAGGGUCUAACCAUUCAUUCUUUGUUGGUUAGAAUAUUUCCUUUUCUCAGACAAACCACACCUUCAUCAGUGCUUCUCGGCAGAUUUGUGAAUACACUCGUUAUCCGAAAUGUAAUAUCUCAGCACGGAUUACUCUUUAUUUCUUAUUGUACGUAUUGUCAUAACCUACUGAGAAUUUGAUGGUAGAUCAGGGCAAUCUCCUUUGAAGGUAUGUUUCUAACAUAAUUAUUUUCGCCCGUCUCCUCGACCAUUUGAAAUAAUUUAGGAGAAUCUGAUCACUCUUUAGGUAGAUCCAGAGAAGAUGAUCUAGAUUUUGCUCUUUUGGAUUGAUUCCAAGUUGGAAGGUUUUGUUUCUUAAGUUAUAAAAGGCCUUUAUGAUGAUUGGAUUCGAUAGAUCUCUUCAUCGUUUGUGUUUUUUUUUUUUUUUUAACAUGCUUUCAUUAGAGUCGUGUCUCUAACUGCCUGUCUAAACAAGCUCUAACGAGAAACGUUUCUUAAAAGCUUGUUUGCCAGACUCGUAUUACCUGCAUCACUCUGAAAGAAAGCCGAACCAUUUAGUCAAGAUAUUUGCAUUAAGGUGGAGUUCCCCAAGCUUUGGACAUGCAGCUAGCUGACAGUUUUGUUCUGUCUUUCCAUUCGGCGAUAUUGAUUCACAGGUAAAUUCGUACUGAGUUUUAUUUAAUUGUUAUUUCCUUUUGGUCACUGCAAAAUAGUUUCAAAGUUCUUUCAGCCUCGUUAAAAGAUAUUAGCUAUAUUGAUGUUUGAAGACAAUAAGGAAAAAUCGAAGUCAAACAAGAAUAACUGACAACAGACAAGACAAUUGUACAUAUUAAUAUUUAAGCAGCUGUAUUAGAUCAGAUUGGAAUACAUUAUCUUCUUGAAUUUGAGAAUACCGCGCGUAUCACACUUUUAUUAAUGUUCAUGAAAAACCUCCAGUGAAGGCAGGAUUGCAGCGUAAGACAGGUAAUGGAAAAGCAAACCAAUGUCAUCGAGAAUUGGUGGAGGAUAUAGGUCCCCGGAAACGAGGCACUAUUAUUUUUUUUCCUAAAAUUGUCACCUUGAUGCGCGAACCGGUAAGCAAACUUCAGCAACAAUUUUCGAUUCUCGAAAACAAAGUAUUUCUUUCAACAAAUGUUGUGUUUAGCCGCAAACGUAGAAACAUGGAGGGAAAAAAUGCUUCCGCAACAAAGGUUUGACAACGUUGUCUUCUCAUUUGAGGGGGCCUUGAUUUCGACGGUGAUAGUGCGUUCAUACUAUUUAUUCUGUUGGACGUGCGGUUUUGAGGGAGAUCUUGCGAGAGUGCGAGUGUGCACGCUAAGGUCACGUGUUCAAUACAGAUCACCACAAAACCACUUAUCCCGCAGACUUCAAAUCAUUCAAACCAACGAUGCAACAACAGUAACAACAGAGGUUUACAGACGAGGAAAGUCUGAAUAAACAGCGUUUUGUUUUUCAAGACGAUCUUCGUGUUUAAAGUUUAAUCGGGACGAGACUGUCGGUAAGUGAGUGCUAAACAUUUAUUCAAAUUUCACAUUAAAUUGAUGUCUUGGACAAACGCAAUUCAAGAAUACAUAGCAUAUAUGCUUUUUCAUGCUCGACUAAAACACAUGGGAAAUCGGUUUUAAUACCGAGGGACACAGAGGGAGGGGGCGUAAUUUUUUUAUUUUUCACGAAAUAAAACCGGCUUCAUGCCGAAUCGUGGUGCGAUAAGAUCGGAGAAUAGAUUACCAUUGAUUGCCUGUAGGCACGCUUACUGAAAAAUAGGGAUCCCUGAUCUAAUACGCUUUGAGCAUGCAAUUACCAUCUUGUUAUCUUUUUUAUUGUCAGUUUCCCCGCCUAGGUUCAGUUUGUGAACUUUUUCAUUGGCAGCUCACCGAUACAGCUUGAGAAAAAUAAAAGGAAAUAACUGAAAACGUCCAAAGGUAUUGGGAAGCAAAGCCAUAGAAUCAGUUAAACAAAAGUUCAAGCGCGAUUUUUAAGCCGAAGCAGCCAAUCAGUCAGAGCGACGGUCUAUUCAGACGACAUGGCGAAGGAGCAGUUAACUUGCUGGAAAAAUUCGUUGAAUUCCUCAUUAUUUCGUGACGUUUUAUUUGUUCAAUAGCCUUAUCAGUAACCCAAGUUCAAGCUUGUAAAAGCUCAUCAAUAUUAAAAAGAAAUAAUAAUAACACUGAACAGAACUAUGUUUAAGUUGAGAUUUCAAAUGCAAAAGGUUAGGCUUAAGUGCUCUAUUUUUCUUAGAAUUUUUUCUGUGUUCUCUUGGGAUAAGUAGUUUAAGAGAUAUUUCGGAUUCAGAAUCAUCGGUGUAAAAUAUCCGCUCUUGUGCAGCUCUAAGGGUGCGGCGUGAAGUUGUAGCCAGGUUAUGUAAACUCUCUUUUAUCAGGCCUUACUUUCGUGAUGAGAAGCGACAGCUGAUAACACAUUCGAAUUCUUGUUCUGUGAUUUUAACUUGCUUCAAGCAGCUUCAAGCAAAAGAUUGAUGAUAAAAUAAACCUACUGACGACUAGGGUAAUCUUGAUAAGCAAAGAUUACAACUGUAGUUUUUUUUGUUUUUUUAUCGCCAUUUUGUAGCCCUUUCUGCUCUGUAUAUCACCUCUUUUUGUCUACUGAUAUUCACUAACAGUCGCGAAAAAGAAGAAUCGCAAGAACAUUGCAGCAAAUUUUUACUGACGACUUUUUGAGCAAGAAAAAAAAUGAGCCUCCCUAUUUACGCGAGCUCCGUAGCAAUCGACGGCAUGGCACAGACUACUUUGUCUUUCUAGAAACUAGCUUUGCGCUGAGAUGAGGUUCCGUGCCGGCUGCAUUUUUGUUGGUGUUGUUUUAUUCGCCAUUACGGAAACUUUGAAAUCAAAGAACAGCUUUCGGCACCAGGAUGUCUGAGGCCUGUGGACGAUCAAUAUAAGCUGUGAUUGGUCGAUCGUCAUCUUUGGAACGUAUGGACCAAUCAGUUCUCGGGUGUCCUGAAUACGCUGAAAACUGGAGCUCAAGCAGUGUCUGAUGCUUGAUGAAUUUGCUCGGCACCUGGUGGCGACACAACAGUUAAAUUUUACUCAGUUGUUUGGGUUGAGACACAUUUAGUUCUCGCCUAUUGAAAGUUAUUUGCUUACGUUAGAGUGUGGUACAGAGAGAGAGGGAGGUCUGUGUUAAAUAAUUUGAGAAAACAAAAACUUGAAACAAAAACAAAACGUACAAAAAACAAGCAAGAAGCAAGAUCGAAUCGUUUAGAAACAAAUCAAAUGUGGAAAACUUCUUUGUGUACCUAUGUUACAUAUCAAAACGAAGGAGUCUGUUAUAAAGAGAGAGGGGGCUUGUUUUAAAUUCUUUGCGGAAACAAAAAGUUUGAAACAAAAACAAAACUUUAAAAAAAAAAAAAACAAUCAAGAAGCAAGACAGAAUCGCUUAGUCCAGCUGCGUCAAAAAGAGGUUUUGCAGGAAAUCCCUAACACGGCCAAAAGAGAUGUAAGAAGCCUUAUGAACCUGUCAUAGUUUACAAAUGACCAAAACUGAAUGAAAUAAAAGCGAUUGGUGCUAAGCACAUAGGUGAAAGACGCGAAUUACUAAAACCGAACAAAACGCCGUUAUAAAAAGAGUUUGUUAAUUUGACGACAAAUCGCUAAUUUCUAUGGAUGUGAAAUUUAUUUUCUUUUCACUGCUGUCGUAAUAAUUCUAUUGAUCAAUUCAACAAAUGUAAAUUAGCAAAAGCUACGCUACAAGCUACAGCUGCAGAGAUCAUAAUUACCAAUAUGCCGAAUUCAAAUGACUCUUUUUCGGUUUUAUACAAUUGUAUACUAUUAAUGACGGAAACUACGUCAUCAUGAAGGUCAGUUUCGAUAAAGAUAAGUUGGAUUCAUUCAUAUACUGGGCGAUCUUAUCUUAUUUACUUAUUGCAGGGAGCCUCGUUAAAGCAUCAUUAGGUCUGCAGUGGCGAAAUUCUAAUGGGGUUUCUGCUCAUUAACUAAUUGCUUUGAAAUUUAUAUGCUGCCGCACCACCCAUUUAAGGUGGUCUAAUAAAUAAAUCGUUUGCAAAUAAAAUGUUUUGUAAUUUUUCAGAAUACCGGAGUCACUCUUAACAUUUGGAAAUAUUCAAAAUGCAUUUAUUUAUUGUUUUACUCACGUAAUGACUUAUGAAACUAUAUUUUGAGCAAAUUUGCAGCAUGUUUUUAUCAAGCCGGUUUUCGAUACUCUUCCGGCUGAGAAUGGUUUUGUUUUGAAUGGUCUCCAUUAAGUUAACCCGUCGUUUUUGGAUUGCUUUGAUAGGAUGCUUUAACGCCAUGCUAUAGGUAAUCGUUUGCAUUUUCUUGAAAUAAGACCCUCUGAUGAGCAGUUUUGUCAAAUGAACUUAUUUUUUUUUAUUUCUUUCUAUCUCUGCUUGGGAUCAUUAUUUCGGCAGCACCCUCUAGUUAAAACAAUUGUUUUCUACGCUUUGUUCAUCUCGAGUGGGAAGUCGUAGCGGAACAUUUAACGAAUAUGUUUGGCUUUCGUUUAUGUGAAGUGCCAUCUGCCAUAACUGAUGCAUAGUAAUGACUAUAUAAUGGCUGCGAUAUAAGCAACAUUUACUCUCGGCCCCUCUUGGUAAUUUGCCAGAGUCGUCAUUCUUUCAUGAGGAAGAAAUGGUAAGUAAAAGUCAACGCACUCGCUAAAACAAAAUUUUGAGUUUCGAGCAGUUUCGUUUCCCUUUCGGUCACUCGGUGUUUACUUACUGGAAUGAAAAAAAAAAAUCGAUUCGGUUUUCGGCAUUUGAACACGUUCACGUUUGGUUGUUUUCUUUCCAAGUGAAUCAAGUGUCCCUUAAUCUGCAGCCUAAUGAUUGCCAACUUAGUCUCCAGUUUUGCAUCGCUGGUAAAAAAUCGGCGCGCUAGCUGGGAAGCAACAAAUACAAAGAAUUACACAUCUACAACAAGCAGGUCAGGACUGAAUUUAUAUGUGACUGUUAACUCAUACAUGAUAGCUGUCCUUGUUAAAUUUAAAACGUAAUUAAAACUGACAAAAUGGGAACUGAGAACUAACUGCACGAUAGCAAGGAGGUGUGAAAGCAAAAAGCAGCCGGUAGGUUCAAGCUUGAUAUUAAAAACCUAUCGAACCGAGUUCGUGUUAUACUCAGCUCGCUUAAUAAUUCGUAGUUUAUUUACUUUCGGCUCUCUUUGCGAUAUAUAUCUAAUGCUUUCUACCUUUUUUUGUUAAGGACUAAUUGCCGACGCCGGAUGAAAAUAUAGGUCUAUGCAUAUUUGAGCUGUGCAGAACCCAAGGCUUUUGGCCUUUUCGAGAUCUACUAAUUUCCCAACACCUAAGCACCAAGGACUGGUUAUGUAAAACUUUUAUUUAUGUUUGUUGCUUCAUAUGUAGAUCCACGUCUUUCUAAACAUGCGAAAAAGGCAACUUUCUGUAAAGGAUUAAUUUUAAAGCGGAUGGAAAUAUAAGUGAGUGCAUCAGUUUGAAUUAUUAAUACUCAGGUCGGCUGGUGGUCGAAGCCAAAGUCUGUUGGCGUUACUUUCCGUUUCCUUUCUCAGAUAAAAAUAUCUUUCCAUGGAAUCUAGAUAUAGAAUAUUUAAAUUUCUUCUACAUUACAAUUUGUACCACUGUUGACAUAAAUGUGUAGGUUAAAUGAGUGAAAAUGGUUUAAAAUUCCAACCGGUUCCGAAUAAUUAACCUGGUUUUCGAAAAUUCAAACGAUCCAAAAACAUAUUCAUACCCCAAACCAAAAUCCAACCACAAUAUUUACACUCCUUCAUCAAUCGCAUCAUGGUUUUCUCUUAACAAGAUUAAACUUGAGAUGUACUCCUUUCACUGUAAAUUAAGGAGGUCUUCAAAAGCGUUCACAGAAACGUUAUCGUUACUUGGUGAAAAGCAGGGUUAUCCCCACCUGUCUGCGUGUUUAAAAGAAACCGAACCGCGAAAUACAAAGCCAAUAUGUUGUUAUAUGUGAAAGGCGUGGUCACCAGACAGUUGAUCUGUAAAACCUUAAAAGCUUCGCAAUAUCUCAUUGUUUAAUUUCUGACUGUGAAAAACUCCGUCACGGAAAGCGACAUUAACACUCAUGUCUAACACCCCAAAAUACUCAAAGGUACGUGUAGAAAAAGUGAUUCGCAAUCAGGAGUGGGUUUCCUGAAAUUAAGACGAACAAAAUUAAUUGUGGUUUAUCUGCUGUACAUGAUGAAAUUAUUGUUAGUUUUCCCCCAUUGCAGAAAUCACUUCACACUUGCUUGUAUAGUCUAGAGGAUUUUUUUAUUUUAAUUUCAGAUCAUUAGUCUCUUUUUUUUUUCAAAAUUACUCUCGUUCAAGUAAUUUCUCUUGCUAAUCUUCAAAGCAUCCUGUUUCUUGAUUUCUCCUAAUAAUUUCAGAUGGUUCCGUUUACCUAGCAAUUAAGCUCAGGUGUCGUGGGGCAAAAAAAAAUCAUUUACCGUGUUUACCAUCAUUUCUUGAGCGUUUCGCCUUUAAUCUGACCUUUUCCUUUGUGACUAUAGUGAAAAGUUUCGGAACAAUGAGUAGAUUACUUGAACAUCUUUCACGGCAAACAACCUUUGUGUACUGAACUAAGUGAUGGAAAUGUAAUAUAUUGAUUUUGUCGAGAUUUUCCAUAAAGUUUGUGUACGUCAUGGCAAAUAAUCAUUUAUUUAUAAAAAGUUCCGAGUCGAAUUCCCUGUUUGUUGUACGCAUAACAACCAAUGAUUGUAUAGCCAGUAUUUCCCAUACAGCGGGAAUCACUACAGGAAACUGUUCAUAGGACGUAGUUAGCGCCACGACAGAAGCAGAAAUACAAAAUACAAAAUACAACUGAUAUAUAACCUGUGCUGGGUCAAAUAGUGUUCGGCUAAAUCUGAUUCAAACCGGACCCCUGAAGGUCUGGGGAGAACGAUUUUACAAACUUUGUGACACAGUAGAGGAGAAAUAGACAACACCCAAGGCAACGGUAUCAAACAGGCGCAUUAAAGUCAUCGCUGGAAGGUACUCAAUAUGUCUGAAGCAGGAAAUGUGACGAACGCUCCACCGACGGGCAUUAAUCCUACCCCACAGAGCAUUGUCGCUGCCGUUUUCGUCGCCAUUUUGAUCUUGGUGACUCUUUUCGGAAAUGUUCUUGUCUGUGUUAGUUUCUACAGUUUUCCAAACCUCAGGGUGAUCUGUAACUACUUUAUUGUUAGUUUAAGUGUGGCAGAUAUCUUGGUUGCCCUGUUGGCGAUGCCGUUCUGGUUCAUAGUGCAGCUCAACAAUACAAAAUGGCCCUUAUCACGGCAAUUGAUGCUAUUCUGGUCCUGCAUAGAUAUCUUUUGUGGCACUGCCUCCAUAAUGAAUCUAACAGCAGUCAGUGUGGAUCGAAUGCUAGCAAUUGUGACACCCUUCAAGUAUCCAAAACUUCUCACCCCCAAGCGGGCCUUGGUUGUUAUUCUUUUGAUUUGGUUGUACUCCACUGCCAUUGCCUCUUCCAGACUGGCUGGAUGGCCCGGCAGCAGCUUCUUGCAUUUUGUGUCCACUGUGAGUUUCUUUCUACCCUUGUCAAUCGUAGUCGUAAUGUACACUGUCAUCUUCAUCGUUGUGAAGAUCCAAGUGCAAAGAAUUGGAAGCGCUGGAGGAAAGGAUCAUGCCAACGAGAUGAAGGCUGCCAAGACCAUCUUAGUUGUCAUCGGCGCUUUCGUCGUCUGCUGGCUUCCAUUCUUCGCUAUCGUCGUGGGCCACGCGAACGAUCCAAAGUUCAGUUAUCCUAUGGGGGUUUACAACAUGUUCAAAUGGAUGGAAUACUUAAAUUCUUGUUUGAAUCCCAUCAUAUAUACAUGCAUGAACCGCACGUACAGGCGGGCAUUUAAGCGACUCUUUACUAGAGUAUACUUAGAGCAGACUGUGGGUACCAGCCGACGGGGUUCCUCCGUCAGCAUGUACCUGACAAGACGGGGAUCUGCAAUCAGUGGUUACAUAAAUAACCGUAAACUUCGAGGAUCUCUUCCUCAUACGGUUGUAACGAACUUGGAGACAAUUGAGGACGAAGGUGACUACGAAAGUCACUAAGGUCUUGGAGGAAAGGCACUUUGAACGCUGUAAAUUGGUCCAAAACUUCACGGGAAUCACCGGUCGUCUCAGUUCCUAUUCUGUUAACUAGUCCUUUCAUCAGCGGAUUAAAACACUUUCAAGAUGGAGUUGCGAUAUUAGGAACGAAUUCUUAUGCUUAAAGUAAACUAAGAUAUUUACCUUCCAGCCAAAAAUGUACUGGAAGCCACAUUCCCGAUCUCUGAAACGUUUGCAGAGCGGAACCACAGCAUUCGCCAGCCAAAUCACUGACAGUGAUAAACGACUAUAUAACAAGAUAAUUUGUUUACGAAUACGUAGUGUAAAGGAAACAAAAAAGAGAGAAUAAUUUAUCAUGAUGGCCUUAGCUGCCACAGAGAAUGUGUUUACUAGAACAUCAAGGAUCCGUCAGACUGGAUUGAAUGAAAUUUAAUUUGACAGCGGCAAGUGGUUGGAUUAUCUUGACACUCUGAAUUAGCCGAACGAUCUGGAUCCGAUACUGCCUAAGCCAUUGUCAACUUUCCAUGUAAAGCCUGAUCGGAUUUUAACACAUAACACUUUUUUUUCUUGAAAGCGACUUUCUUGACGGUUUGUUUAGCCUUCCCUUCAAGAAAAACUUUUUUUUGUUAUGUCGCUUUGAGCCUUGUAUUGAACUUUUGGCAAGAAAUAGUUUUAAAACUCGCAAGCGACAACAUGCGAUUUUAUUUUAAAGUCAAUAUGACGCGGCGACAGUCAGUGCCAAACAAUAAGUUUUUAAGAAUUUACCGACUGUUGUUGUUAAAAAGAGAUCAGUCCUGAAUUAAUUUUGCCUGAAGGCUUUUAUAUUCAAACCAUAUCAUCAUGGAGAAUUAACAUUUGAUCAAGGGUUAUCUAGAAUCUUUCUUUGUGGUGAGAAGUAUUGUAAAUAAGUCCAAAUAUCCAAGACUACAUUGAAAACAGUUCUGGCAGGUUGUGACAGGCUUUCAGCAAUUUCGCUUGUUCACUUAAGUUAACAAGCUGCCCUAACUUUAAUCGUGAGUAUAAAUGUAAACAAUUAUCUAUUUGGUAUUCAGUCGUUUUUCUUUUUCAUAAUGGUCACACCAGGGGGCAAUCAUUUCUAAGAAUGCAGCUCGAAUCAUCAAGUUUUAUUAGUCUGUAAUUUGCCGCUAAUUGACUGGUUGAUGAUUAAUGUCUUGUUGCUAAAAUAUUAUACUUUACCAUUGAGAUGUUAAUUUUCUGAUAACAAACGUCUUUGACAUUCGAUUUUAUUGUGUAUCGUUAGCCACAGUUUGACAGUUGUUGCCUGCUGCAUGUUUUCACUUUCUUGACACAUUUUGAACUCUCAGCCAAACUAGCCGGAAACUUUAUUCAGUUCAUUAAUGUCUUGUGCUUAAAAUAGUUCGAUAUUUCCAGGGAGGAUUUUAGGGAAGGGGCGGGGAGGGAGGGGGUCGAUUGGGUGUCUAGCCACCCCUCUGUUGGAGAAGCAAAAUAAAAAGAAAGAAAAUCGGGGCCCUUUUUGUAAUUUGUGGCAUUGCUAGUGUUUCUGGUGUAUCAGUUUUCAAUGAAAAUUGCAACAUUUUGUGGGCAUGCCUCAUUGAUUUUGCAACUCCAAGGUGCAAGCUAACUCCCAUCCCCCCUUGAAAAAUCCUGGAUCCGUCCCUGACUCAAAAUAUUAGGGAGUUUACGAAACCACGACCGCGAC